AUGUCUGGUAUUGGAGAGGCUGCUUUAUCUGCUCUCUUUGGGGCGCUGUAUAAUAAAUUCAGCUCUUUUGGCUUCAAGCUUGCUAGUGAAAAGCAGGUUCACAAGGAAAUUGAGAAAUGCGAAUUCACAUUGAAGAAUAUAAAUGCAGUGCUUGAUGCAGAGAACAGACAAAUGAUAGAGCAACAGGUGAAGAUCUGGUUGGCUGACCUCCAAGACUUGGACUACGACGUGGAUGACAUCUUGGACGAGUUUGCAACUGAUGCUGUGGGAUGCAAAUUGAUGAAAAGUAUUGAAUGCCAAGCCGCACAAGUAAGAUUUUUCAUUGCAAGGUUAUUAGAUGUUGAUUCUCUUCGUAUGUUUGCUCAGCAUGCAUUAGGAGCAAGAGAUUUUAGUGAUCAUCUAGACUUGAAAGAAAUUGGGUUGCAGAUUGUGAGGAAGUUGAUGGGAGAUAAGCCACAUUUGGAGCCCGUGGGAGCACAAUAA